AGGGCAAUCUAGGAAAUAUGUUGUUGAAAUUCGCAGCCAUCAGGUCCCGGCGAGUGGAUUCCGCAGGCACUCUGAGCAUCGUUGUUGUGCGAGCUUUACACAUGGCUAAUUAAUUCCUCACAAUCUCGCUGUUGCAGCAACACAUGUUCUUAUUUCAAUCAAAUCACUAACAAUUCUCACAUUCCUGAACUGAAUCAACAAACACGAGCGAGGUGAUGGCGCCUCGUUCACUCCUACUCGCUUUGCUGAGUCUUCUCCUGACUCAGUCCAAUUCGGCGCCGCAAGCCUUCAAGAGAGAAACCGGCCACCCUCAGUGGCACCACGGCGCCUUCCACGACGUCCGCGACAACGUGCGAUCCGAUGUCCGUCGCAUGCUCCAUUCUCGCGCCGAGGUUCCGUUUCAAGUUCCGCUCGAAGUGAACGUGGUUCUGAUUGGUUUCAACGGAGACGGAGGUUACAGAUACAACAUCGACGCGCAUCGAUUGGAACAGUUUCUCAAAAAUAGCUUUCCAGCUCACAGACCUUCGUGUCUGGAGACUGGAGAGCUACUUGAUAUUGAGCAUCACAUGGUCUAUAAUGCAUUUCAUGCUGGGCAGCCUGAACUGAUAGCACUUGAGAAAGCACUGAAAGAAGCAAUGGUUCCUGCAGGAAAGGCAAGAGAGACUGAGUUUGGAAGAGAGGUACCUUUGUUUGAAGUUGAAGCAACAGGUGUUGAACCAGUAUUUCAAAGGCUGUACUCCUACAUAUUUGACAUGGAGAGUGUGGGAUCUUCUGUCACGGAGAUGGAUAGGCCAGUGCCAAGUGCAAUAUUUAUUGUAAACUUUGACAAGGUGAGACUAGAUCCUAGAAAUAAGGAAAUCGAUCUUGAUGGCUUAAUGUACGGGAAAAUUCCUGACCUAACUGAGGAAGAUAUGAAAAAACAAGAAGGAGAUUACAUCUAUCGUUAUCGUUACAAUGGUGGAGGAGCAACUCAAGUUUGGCUAAGCUCUGGCAGAUUUGUGGUGAUUGACCUUUCAGCAGGGCCUUGCACUUACGGUAAGAUUGAAGCUGAAGAAGGAAGUGUCUGUUCUAGAACCCUGCCAAGAUUACGAAAUGUGAUACAUCCUAGUAGUUUGAGCACAAGUUCUCAACAAUCAAGCAAUCAUAUUUUUCUUGGACAGCUUGCUUCUUUGGUAUCAACCACGGUGGAACAUGUUAUUGCACCUGAUGUGAGGUUUGAAACUGUUGAUCUUACUUCAAGGCUGCUUGUACCGAUAAUUGUCUUGCAAAAUCAUAAUCGAUACAACAUUAUGGAAAAUGGCCAUAAUUACAGUAUUGAUAUAGAAAGAAUUGAGGCAGAGGUGAAGAGUAUGCUUCAUGAUGGGCAAGAAUUAGUAAUUAUUGGGGGUGCACAUUCAUUACAUCGCCAUGAGAAGCUGGCAAUUGCUGUUUCAAAAGCUACACGUGGACAUUCCCUGCAGGAAACCAAGAAUGAUGGUCGUUUCCAUGUUCAUACCAAGACAUAUCUGGAUGGUGCUAUUUUAAAAGAAGAGAUGGAACGUUCUGCCGAUGUGCUUGCUGCUGGAUUGCUUGAAGUGGCUGACCCAUCUCUUUCAAGUAAAUAUUUCCUCCGCCAGAAUUGGAUGGAUGAAUCUGACGAGUCAACUGAUUCUAUUCUUAAGCAUAAGCCUCUUUGGGCUUCAUAUAACUCAAAAUAUGGCGGGAAAAGGAAAAAGAAAGUAAAGAAACAAGGGGAUCUACAACCAACAUAUGGAACUAGAGUAAUUCCUGUCUUUGUGCUAUCACUGGCGGAUGUGGAUCCAAACCUUAUGAUGGAGGAUGAAAGUAUGGUAUGGACAAGCAAUGAUGUUGUAAUUGUGCUUGAGCAUCAAAAUGAAAAGAUUCCCUUGAGCUACGUUUCAGAAACACAGAGAAGGCAUGCUCUUCCAUCUCAGGCACAACGUCAUAUAUUGGCUGGUCUUGCCUCAGUUGUAGGUGGUUUAAGUGCACCAUAUGAGAAGGCUUCUCAUGUACAUGAAAGACCUGUUGUAAACUGGCUUUGGGCAGCUGGCUGCCAUCCAUUUGGACCCUUCUCUAAUACUUCUCACAUCAGUCAAAUGCUCCAAGAUGUUGCUUUGAGGAACUCGAUAUAUGCCCGUGUUGACUCUGUACUUCGUAAAAUUCGUGAUACAUCAGAGACUGUGCAAACUUUUGCAGCAGAGUAUCUGAAAACUCCACUUGGUGAACCAGUAAAAGGAAAGAAAGAAAAGUCCAGCACUGAUUUUUGGUUAGAGAAGUUCUACAAGAAAACUACUAAUUUGCCAGAACCCUUUCCACAUGAAUUAGUUGAUCGCUUAGAAAAAUAUCUUGAUGGCCUUGAGGAGCAGCUUGUUGAUAUGUCUUCUCUGUUAUAUGAUCAUCGGCUACAGGAUGCCUACUUAAACAGUUCAGAUAUUCUGCAGAGCACCAUGUUCACCCAACAAUAUGUUGAUCAUGUCUUGGCCAGCGAGAGGGAUAAUAUGAGAUGCUGCAAAAUUGAGUACAAAUAUCCCGUGCACUCGUCUCAAACUUAUAUCUAUGGGGGAAUACUUAUUGCUGGAUUCGUUGUGUACUUUGUUGUAAUUUUCUUCUCAAAUCCGGUACGCUGACUGAAGAUUUUGAAAUCAACAACCAAAAACUACCAAGGCAUAUCACAUUGGGUAGAACUUAUCUUUGCAAUACCAAAAUCAAAUAUCGGAUACGAUUUUUAAUUCAUAGCGAUAAAUGCAGGGCAAAAGACAUUGGCUAGAUUAUAUAUUUUGGUAGGUACUGGCAGGGGCUUCAGCUUUAGUUUCCUGAUAUUCCUGAAGCAGUAAUAGCUGAAGAAAUUUUCGUGUGCAUUA